AUGCAGCAGCAGCAGCAACAGCAGCACCAGCAGCAGCAGAAGGAGCAGCAGCAGCAGCAGAAGGAGCAACAGCAGCAGCAGCAGCAGAAGCAGCAACAGCAGGAGGAGCAGAAGGAGCAGCAGCAGAAGCAGAACGAGAAGGAGCAGAAGCAGCAGCAGCAGCAGCAGCAGCAGCAGCAGCAGCAAGAGAAGCAGCAAUAA